AUGCGCGCGUCGAGCGCGGCGCGCGCGUCGGCGUCAGACGCGUCCGGCGCGACGCGCCGAGCGUGGGAAAUCUCCAAGAAGGGCAAUUUGCAAAACUUGAAACUCAACGAACGCGCGGCGCGAGAAGCGCUCGGGCCGAACGAGUGCAGAAUCGCCGUCCGAGCGAUCGGUUUAAAUUUCGCGGACGUGUUUACGGUGCUCGGGCUGUACAGCGCGGCGCCGGAAGGGACCUUCGUGCCCGGUCUCGAGUGUUGCGGCGAGGUGGUGGAGACGGCGAGCGGGUCAAACUACGUCGUCGGCGAUCGGGUGAUGUGCGUAGUGCGGUUCGGCGCGUUUGCGGACGAGAUUAAUUGUCCGGUGACGCAAAUGCGAAAACUACCGAAUGGAUGGAGCUUCGAGGAAGGAUCUGCGUUUCUCGUGCAAGGUUUGACGUCGUACUACGGCCUGAAGGCGCUCGGCGACGUUCGCAAAAACGCGUCGGUGCUCGUUCAUUCCGCCGCGGGCGGUUGUGGAUUACAGAGUUUAGGGAUAUGCGAACGGGUCGGAGCGAAGGCGAUCGCGGUUAUUGGAAACCCGUCAAAAGUUGACACGCUCAAGGAACGAUUUCCAUCGCUCAAGGCGAUAAUUGUCCGCGAUCGUAAACGGUUCGCCAAGCAAGUUCGUGACGCGUGCGAAGCUAUCGGCGCGAGUGAGGGCGUCGACAUCGUUUUCGAUGCGACGCUUGGUGAUUUCUUCCAAGGUGGUUGGGAGAAUUUGGCGCGAGGUGGUCGAUACGUGGUGUAUGGCGCCGCGGAUCUCACACCGCGGGGAGAUUCAAUUGGAUUGUUGGGCUGGAUUAAGCUCGCGUGGAAGUUCGUGCGACGACAGAAAGUCGACCCUCUCAUGCUUCCCGGUGAGAACAAGGGCAUUUUGGGGUUCAAUUUGAUUUGGCAGUUUGAUAGGCAGGAAGAACUCGCGCGAUUGUUGGCCGAGCUCCUCGCGCUCGAUUUGCCCGCUCCAAAGGUAGGCGCAACGUUCGAGUUCAGCCAGUUGCCUGAGGCCUUGCGUUUGUUUCAAACCGGACAAACGACUGGCAAGGUCGUGGUGAAAAUCUAG